AAGAAACGAUCCUUUCGCGAUUCCCAUCAUUGUCUAUCGUCGUUUCUGGUCGUCCCAGUCCCAGCUGUAGGUGGCAAGCAAAUGUCUGCCGCUAUGGUUAAGUCCUAUAUUUGUAAACUCUGAAUUUGUUAUCUCUAUUUGAUGCUGGAAGCCGUUCUUUGCCGAACGAUUGGACCCGUCUGUAAAACUCUCGUGAUACCCGUCGACUUUUCUGAGUGAUAUUCCGGCGCUUAACGCAAUUCGCGUCGUGCUUGCACAAUGGAAGAAUUCGACGAACCUUCGGACGUUGAGAUGGUGCCUAUCGAGGAAAUCGAGAGAGCCAGGGCAACCUUACAGCCAGAACUGCAGACGCUGGACAGCAAUCCUGAGAACACAAUCAGCAAUCCAGCGGACACAUUCACAACAGGCAUAGAUAUAUUUAGCCAAGAGGAAAGAUUGAAAAUGGAGGAGCGAGCGAAGCGUUUUGGCUUGACGGAAAAACCCAAGGAGCUGUCAAAUGUAGAAGACGAACUGUACAGCAGCAUGGGUGUCGUGGAUGAUGAGAAUGAUAAGAACGUCAGGUUGAAUGUAAUUCACAUGAGAGGGACUGAAGAGAUGAGCACCAAGGACGUGUUCAAAUAUUUUCAAGAUUAUGCCCCGAAGUCGAUUGAAUGGAUCAACGACGUAUCGUGCAAUGUAGUUUGGUUCGACAAUGUAACAGCAGCCAGAGCUAUGCUGGGAUUAUCCAAAAGGAUUUUAGGUAGCAUUGCAAAAUAUUCGGAUCGAGAGAAUAACGAUUCCGAGAACAAGAAGGACGACGUAGCGAUGGCGGUUGAGGAGGAUGUAUCUGUCGAUGCGGACAAGAACGGGGGGCAGGACAAUUGCAUAAGCAUUAAAGAUAUCGAUUAUCCAUUGCCUCCUGGUAUAUGGAGGAAAGGUGUUGAUUAUCCAAAAUCUAAAGGGAUCUUCUUGAGAUUCGCCACCAGGGCGGAUAAAAAGCAGAUCAACGCGGAGAAGAAAAGCGAAUACUAUAAAAAACACGGAAAUCCCAACUUUGGAGGUCUCAAAGGGAUACUAACGGAAUCUCGUAAGCGUAUGUACAAGCAGAUAAAGCAAAGUAGACGCAAAUCGUCGAGCGAUGAUGACAAAGAUCAGAAUCAAACAAAGAAUCCAUGGGGCGCGUUGUCCGAGACGUGGGGCUUGAACGACGUCGUGGAGGAUGAUUUUCUUCCGAAGAAUGGUGUUAGAGAUCAGGGACGUAGCAUAAAGGAGAGACUGGGUCUCAAAUACCCAGAGAAGGACACGGUACCAGCCGAGGAAUCAGGCGAGGCCAGUUCGAGUAGCGACAGCGAUGAGAAUUGGUGUAAACGGAGCAAAAUUCCCCGCAUGCGAAUGCACGCCGACGACGAGGAGGAAAAAGUACAGAAGCGUCGGGCGAAGCUACGAUUCCAGAUGAUUCUGAAUAAUUUAAAUAACAGCGGUGACUUGCGAUCAAAGUUGGGGAAGUCGAAAACGAAAGCGCAGUAUCGCGAGCCCAUUCAAGUAGUGGUAACAAAUACGAACGCGACGAAUUCGAAACGCGAUAAUUCCGGCACAAUUCGGCAGCAGGGCUAUCAGAUUGUGAAGGAAGUACAAUCGUCGGAAAGGGAAGAAGGAGAAUGGCAGGAAUCGGAAGAUGAGAUUGUACAUGAAGAGGAGGAAGAAGAAGAGGCCAAGGAGAAACAGAGGCACGGUCAGCGUGGUCUGAUAAACGUGGAGGAAGAGCGAGAGGAAGGAGAAGAGGAGGAAGAGGAUGAGGAAGAAGGCGAGCACAAGGGGGACGAAGAGGAGAGCGACGAACAGGACAACGACGUGCCUGCGAAGGAGAUUCAGGGCCCCAAAGGCAGUGUGAUAAAGGUCGUCCCACCCAAACCACGCAUUGCCUCGACCGUGUGGGCAAGAUUGAAUCAUGCGAAAAGCGAAGCUAGUGACAGCUAUUUGAAAAAGAGGCCAUCAAGUAGCCGCGACUUGAGGAGUACCUUGAAGGGCGGUGAUCUACGAUCACGAAUCGGAAAUCACACCAGAGGACGUUCUCCGUUGAGAAUAGAAGUGAAAAACGAUAAAUACACAAAGGACGAUAGUGACGGAGAGUGAUCCCAGAUAACGAAGUAAUAAUUCAAAAGUUCGAGACUUGUAUAAAGCGCUCAUCAUUCAGAUGUAUUAUUUAAAGAGUUUUUUCGUAACAUUUUAUAUCGGCCACAGGUGGAAACAAUUGUAAAUCAGCAUGUGGGUAUAUGUGUAUUCAAGUUUACAUAAUUUAUGGGCUUAAUGAAGUUUUUCUUUUUUCAUCAUUGGAAAGGUUUGCGAUUAUUUUUACACACACAGACACAUACACACACGCACACAUACACAUGCGCGUAUCAUGCGCGAGGAGAGGAAAAUAUUGAUUUAUAAAGUAAUAUAAAACUUUUAUUUUUCGUACUUUUAACGUAUUAAUACGUUAGCGGUCGAUCUUCCAGUAAUAAUCAUUAUUGUUUUUAUCGUUGGACAAGUAAAUGAAUGCUUCCGAUAAUAUCGCGUGUAAAUUUGACACAGAUCAUGUAUCUACAAAUUGAUGUACAUUUCUGCGAACUAUAGAGAAAUACAACUAAAAAGUACUUCGACCGAGUUAUUUGUGCAAUUGGGAAAAGAAAAAUUUCCAGAUCUCUUUUGUGCUGCUACGAAAGUUGCUAUCGCGAUGUAAAACAAUGGUACCUCUUGCAUGAAGAACACAAGACAAAAGUAUAGUUUCGUAAGUCCGCACGGUACGGCAUCGCGUUUCUCAGAACGACGAAUUGAGAUAUUUUGUAAAGGCAACUCUGAUCAUCAGGAUAAUACUCAAUGUUACUGCGAAAAGAAGAAAGAGAUAAGUAACGAAAGAAAUAAACGAUAAUCUGUACA